UGUGUCUAUGUUACGCUUCCGGGUCUCUCACGUGACCCUAAGACAAUUGUCAACGUUGUUGAACUGACAUUACAGAUGUUUUUAAAUUUUUAACCGUAACUUAUAAAUGGAUAGAUCUCUCAACGCAGAUGUCGUUGAACAUCAUCACUUAAAUGAUCGUAUUAAACAAUGGCGAAAUUGGAGCGGGUUUUGGCUCAUCGGAUUGUGCAAUAACUUUGCAUAUGUUGUUAUGCUCAGUGCUGCUCAAGACAUCCUCACAGAACAAGAGUCCAAAAACACCACCGUAUCAAACAAUUCUUUAUCUGUAUUGGCUACAGAAUUUAAAGAUGUGAGUACCGGCAACAGUAGUCGCUAUGACUGCAAUUCGCUCUCAACAGCGGCUGUAUUAUUAGCUGAUAUACUUCCAACCCUCGUCAUUAAACUGUCUGCUCCACUUGUGAUCCAUAAAGUGCCUUAUGGAUUUCGAAUCUUAUUCUGUGUCGUCAUGGCUACAGCAAGUUUUAUUAUCGUUUCCUUAUCUUCAACUGUUUGGAUGAGCAUUAUAGGUGUGAUUUUUGCCAGUACCAGCGCAGGACUUGGAGAGUUGUCCUUCCUUGCACUCACGGUCUUUUAUAGCAGGGAUGUACUUGGGGCCUGGGGUUCAGGGACUGGUGGGGCUGGUGUUUUAGGUGCCUUGCUUUAUUCAGGCCUCACUCAAGUUGGCCUUUCACCCCAAGUUACACUUUUAAUCAUGCUGACUAUCCCAUUCACGAUGCUGAUUAGCUAUUUUUUCCUGCUGGUUCCACCACCAUCAUUUCCUCAGUGGAAACAUGGAGAAAGCGAUAACGGCAUUGAACCUUCUGAGGAGAGACAGCGGCUAAUGGUUGAAUGCCAAGAAGAGCAGGAAACAUCUACCCAAGGUUUCUCUUUCACUGUAACAGAGGACAGGGGAUCUGGACUUCUCACUCUCACGGAAAAAUUCCACAUCAUCAAAGGCUUGAUACCAUUUGUCUCUGCCUUGGGAUUAGUCUAUUAUGCUGAAUACUUCAUUAACCAGGGUUUGAUGGAGCUUCUGUAUUUCCGAAACUUUUUCCUGACCCAUGCAGAGCAGUAUCGCUGGUAUCAGACAUUGUAUCAGGUUGGCGUAUUUAUCUCUCGAUCCUCGCUUUGCUGUAUGAAGUUCAGAAAACUCUGGAUUCUUGCUUUACUACAGGUAUUGAAUGCAGUGCUGGUCUUGUUGGAAGUGUAUUACCAAUUCCUGCCCAAUGCCUGGUUGGUGUUUGUGAUCAUCUUCUAUGAAGGUCUACUUGGUGGAACUGCAUAUGUGAACACUUUCUACUUCAUCAGCAAAGAGACUGAAGACAGACAGAGGGAGUUUGCCAUGGCUGCAGCCAGCGUUGGAGACAGUCUGGGUAUAGCUUCGGCUGCAGUCACCGCUUUCCCUGUUCAUAAAUACUUCUGUUCCCUCUGACCCAGCAUAUAAACGGACUAAUUUAAUUAAUAUCCAUGAGCGAGUUGAAAGUUAGUCCACGGAGAGGCGGAAAUGUUUUUGCGUUGCGUCCCAAGCAGCAAAAGCAACUUGCCACAUUCCACUGUUCGUAACGGUAACAGUGUUAUAACAAUUAACAUAGUAAUUGAGUCGAUUAUCUGUUACUGGAAAUCUAUAACAGUGUUACAAAGUCUCAACACUGUUUUUUUAGCUAUUGUGCUUUCACAUGCAUGCUAUUCAAAUUAGCUUGAUCAAUGUGUUUUUGUCUAUGUAACAAAUUGUAAAUAAUGUAUGACUAAACAAUUUUAAAAUAUUAUUUUUUAUUGCAGAAUUGGACAUUCAAAAAUGGAUUUUUUAAAAGAGUCAAUUUUUUAAAAUAUAAGAUUAGAAACAGCAGCCUUUCCAGAAGGCUUCAGAAAGCACCAUCAUCAGACUUGCUUGGUGAUCAUCUUCAUCAUCUGUAAAGCCAUUGGUCCCUGAUCUGAUGGAAUCUGUGAAAGGAUCAAUUUAAUACAAUUCACAUACAAUUGCAAUAACAUUUUUAUGUCACAACAUAGUUCUUGGAAAAUAUUACAGUAGGUCUAACCCUAACUUAUAUUGCACAAUUAACUCUUUAAAUGCAAAGUAUUUUUCGAAAAAGACAACCUCUAAAAUAGAAAGAAAAAUAUGAUUCUACCUCAUACGUUUUUUCUUUUGUUCUUUUAUCCGUUUCUAUUCUUAGUCCUCAUAAUCAGUUGCAUCUGUAUUCCAAUUAUACUGUAAAUUCUUACCAUGUGACCAGCUCUGAGGAUCCAAUAAAAAGCAAAAUUUU